AUGAGUAGUUCUCUGGCGGAAUAUUUGUCUGCACUUGAUGCGCGUGACGCGAGAGAGAAGGCGCAUGAGCAGUACAUCAACGCCUAUACCAGGCUCGCCGACAAUACUGCACAGCUUUCAACCCAGACAUCCUCCGCGGAGGAGCCCACACCCCCAGCCAGCGCAUCUACCAAAGCCAUCCCGUCAAAGGGCAAAGGCGCAGCGACAACCGAUGCAUCCUCUCCGUCCGCUGUCGCGCAACUCCGCUCCGAACUUGCCAUCACUCAGCGCACGCGCGGUGAUCUCGAAACGCAACUUAGUACUUUGACUGCUGAGCUCAGCGCCCUCAAAGCCUCGGACACACAACAGAAGCAGCGCAUAGAACAACUGGAGAAGGCGCGAACAGCACUGGAAAGGCGGGGCAAGGACAGGGCAGAGGAGCUCAAGGGCAAGGGGAGACUUGUGGAGGAAGUGCACGAUGAGAUGGUCGCGCUGAACCUGCAACUCAACAUGGCGGAGCAGGAAAAGGAGAAGCUACGCAAGGAGAACGAGGAGCUGACGAAGCGAUGGGUCAAGAAGAUGGAGGAUGAGGCGCGGAGAAUGAAUGAGAAGUCGGGGUGGGAAGAUCAGUCGCGGCGGAAGAAGUAG